AUGAAGACGCACCGUGGCCUCGCGAAACAAUCAGGUGCCCAACAGCAACGACCCACCACGUACGUCACAGAGACGAAGAAUCGUGGCGGCAGAUCAGACUCGGAAGUGCUUCAGUGGUUGGACAAGAGUUACCCGCCGAGAACGAAAGAACAUGCAGCGAAGAGUACGCUUUUACCGACCGAGCCACGGUGCACGGAGACAGAGGCCGACAGAAAAGCUGCCGGGAGUACUUCCAGACGGGAGAAGGACAACAGUUCGAAAAAUGGGGACCGUUCAAAACCGGAAGCGGCAGGAAUUCAAGGGACAACAUGCACAAGAACGACCAACGAGAGGGAGAGAAACGAGACUCGAAGCAGACGAAGACUGUACAGGGACGUUCUGGCGAACACCGCCGUGAAUCACGCCAUGUUGGAGAACGUGUUCGAGAAAAGGUUCGACGAACUGGAGCAACAAGCGAUGGAACAGUACAGGACCUCGGAAGAGUCUCUCGCGCUCAAAUACCAAGAGCUUGAGCGUCAGGCGAUGGAACAAUACAGAUGCAGCGGAAACGCGCCAGAAGAGUCCACGGUUUCGCGAGUACCGCCGCCGGCCGACAAAGACAUCGAAACGGAUCCCACGAGAGCCUCCAAGGACGCGAACUGCUUGGACGGGCGAAAGUGUUCCGGUUUCGGGAGAUGCAGCCCCGUGAACGUCGACGAAAAAGAUACAUUUCCACAACAGCAAGUUAAUUUCGCGCAGACUGAUAAUAGAAGCGAAACGGGAACGCCCGGACGAACCCCGACCGAUAAGUACGCUCGAUCGGCCAUCGUUUCGAAAAGUCUGACCACGCUGUCCCAAAAAAUCUCUUACGGAUCGAAAAACACAUCUAAGGGUGCAUCAGGUGAUAGGAUCAACAGAAAUGUUUCAGUACGAGCCUCGUCAAAAAGGCGUCUGAUACUGGUGUCACCCUAUGAGAAAGAAUCAGAAGCCAAGUUGACGAGAACAACCGACCUGGAAGAGUUCUAUUGUAUCGCCCAGGCAAACAGAAACAUCUUCGGCUAUUACAACAACUCGAAGAUUGGGAAAAUUGGCGGCGGUGACGAAAAUAUAACUAUUAUUCAAUCGCCUAGAACAGAAGUAUGGCUUUCCGGGUUUUGGACUACUUAA